GCGUGCCGCUAAUGUACUCGAGCCCCCACUACCCCGCCACUGGCUCUAGAUUUUUAUUAUCAUCAGGCUCUGUUUCUCCCUUUGGCUUUGCUCCUCUUUGCCAGUCUCAUCAGCUUCAUUUUCUCUUCUUCUCCAUCCCAUCCCAUCCUCAAAGGUCUAAUCGACUUCAACCGUAAAAAUGCUUAUCUACAAGGAUAUCCUCACUGGUGACGAGCUCAUCUCCGACUCCUACGAUCUCAAGGAGGUCGAUGGCAUCGUCUACGAGGCCGACUGUGCCAUGAUCGAGGAGGGUGGUCUUAACGUCGAUAUCGGUGCCAACGCUUCCGCCGAGGAGGCUGCCGAAGAUGUCGAUGACCAGGUCGUCAAGGUCAACAACAUCGUCAGCUCUUUCCGUCUCCAGGAGACCUCUUUCGACAAGAAGAGCUACCUCACCUACCUCAAGGGUUACAUGAAGGCUGUCAAGGCUGCUCUCCAGGAGAAGGGUGCUCCCGCCGAGGAGAUCACUGCCUUCGAGAAGGGUGCCCAGAACUAUGUCAAGAACGUCGUCCUUGCCAAGUUCAAGGACUUCGAGUUCCUUACUGGCGAGUCCAUGAACCCCGACGGAAUGGUUGUCCUCCUCAACUACCGUGAGGAUGGUGUCACCCCCUACAUCACCGUCUGGAAGCACGGUCUUACCGAGAUGAAGGUCUAAGGUGGAGGUAGUGACGUGGUGAUGUUUUUGGUCUGCCUUGUUUGUGACGACAGACGGACGAGCAGUUAUUUAGAUUACGAGCCACACGAAUCUCGUUCUCGGCACUUGGUAUAUCCCCGAGAUAUUGCGAUGAGAUGAACAAAAAAGAAAGAAGCCAUGAGUUCCAACCAA